CAACUAUGACAGCAACUGAAAGUUUAUGUGAGUUAUUCAUAAUUCAUGAGCAUCAUCCAAGCCUUUCCAGAGAAUAAAUCAAAAGCUUUUAGCAUGACUUUAUGGAGCAUAUGGAAGAAGAGGAAUAAGAUGUACUGGGAAGGCAUCCGGGAGACCACGCACCAGGUUAUCUCUCGUCGGAGUGAACUGCUGCGUUUCUGGGAAAGAGCUAGGAUUAGCACUCAGAAGUUGUUGACCAGCAGCUUGGUUCAAGUCCGGUGGCAGCCCCCUCAUCGUAACUUCUUGAAGUGUAAUGUCGAUGCCGCUCUCUUUGCAAAUGAGAAGCGAGUUGGAUUCGGGGCAUGUGUUUCGGAUUAUCGUGGGCAGUUUUAUAUGGCUAAAGCAGGUAUAUGUACAUCGGAUUUGUGUCUAGCUGAGGCGGAAGCAUGGGGCCUUAGAGAAGCUAUUAAAUGGAUGGCUAGUACUCGGUACAAUCAUGUUCUGUUUGAAACUGAUUGUAAGCAACUUGUAGAAGAAUAGAAGAUGUGUGCCUUAACCGUCCUAAUCCAACCGAAUAUGGGUCAUUGGUGGAGUAUUGCACAAUACUUUUAACUUCAGAGUUGUUUUUACUAAACGGCAAGUGAAUAGUAGCGCUCAUGUCGUG